AUGGCCUCUCCGUCCUCUGAAUCCCCUUUACGUCUGCGCUCUAACGAGCAACAAAGGACUGAUUUUCUCGUCGUCGCUGCUCCCUUCUAUGAAGAGGCUGCCUGGGAUAAUUGUCGAGACCAGUUUGUCCAGCACCUCGUCCGUAACCUGCUGGAACGUUGGCCUUUGGUCUUGACUGCUCGCAUUUCCAAGGAAGAUCGUAGGAGGGUCAAGACUCGCCUUCUCAAUUUUCUGUACACUGAGCUCGGUUACAUGAGUUCUGUAAUCAGCCCUCCCGAGCUUCCAAUGACAUGGAGGGAGUUUCUUGAGCUCGACACCAGUCUGCAGUCUACGGAGUGGGAUGAUGUAGCGGGACCUAUGCUGACCGCUCUCGAUCAGACAUCCCCGGGAGAUCUAUAUUUGGCUUACCUCCAUCCCGAAGAGAGAUCCGUUGCCGACUAUGACCCUGGAACAGUGGCUCCUUCCCGGCGUGUCAGCAGCGGUGCGGCCAGCCCUCUCGUCCCUUCCAUUAACGGCAACAGUGUCUGUUUCCAAGAUGACGGAGGGGACUUUCAGGAAAGACCAGGUCGCUGGGCGUCUGUCUUGGCUACCGACUCGGAAUAUGGCAACCUCCGUCCCAAUUGGGUGCCCUGGAGAGUCUGGUCCUCUGAGGACGAAAACUCGGAGAACUCGGAGGAGGAUGAGGACAUAGUCCGCGAGCUUUGCUCUUUGGACAACUCUAUCCAUACUUAG